CCUUCCCCCGGAUCAUGUACCAGGACUACCCAGGGAGUUUCGACAGCUCGUCCCGCGGUAGCAGCAUCUCUCCGGGAGGCCAGCCCGAGGGAUACCCCGGUCACCCCCUAGCUACCUCUUUGCACCAGCAGAAAUUCCGGAACGAAAUGCCAGGGUCCAGCAGUGCCUUUAUCCCAACCAUCAACGCCAUCACCACCAGCCAAGACUUGCAGUGGAUGGUACAGCCAACAGUCAUCACCUCUAUGUCCAAUCCCUAUGGGCGAGCACACCCUUAUGGACACCAUAUGCCUAACCUGACAUCCGUGGGAGGGCACACAGCUCUCCAGCGGCCCGGAGUCAUCAAAACCAUUGGCACCACCGUGGGCAGGAGGAGAAGGGAUGAGCAGCUGGCACCAGAGGAAGAGGAAAAGCGGCGGGUCCGGAGAGAAAGGAAUAAACUGGCGGCCGCAAAAUGUCGCAACAGGAGGCGAGAGUUAACGGACAAGCUUCAAGCGGAAACUGAAAAACUGGAACAAGAAAAGUCUGGCCUGCAGAAGGAAAUCGCCGAACUGCAGAAAGAAAAAGACAAACUGGAGUUCAUGCUCGUUGCCCACUCGCCCAUGUGCAAGAUUCACCCGGAAGAGCGGACGAGCGCCAUCCACAACCCUCACCCUGUCCGUACAGUGAUGGGCAGCAGGGUAGUCGUCAAACAGGAACCGGUUGAAGAAGACAUCCAUACAUCUUCUGUCACCGCCAAUGACAAGUCUUACAGGUCCGUUAUUAAGCCAAUCAACAUUGGAGGAAACUUCUUCAAUGAGGAGCCUCUCAACACGCCGGUGGUCAUGUCUUCUACACCUCCAAGCACUCCUAACACUGCCAACCUCGUCUUCACCUACCCAAGUGUACUGGAUCAGGAAUCUUCAGCCUCUCCUUCUGAGUCUUGCUCUAAAGCUCACCGUCGAAGCAGUAGCAGCGGUGACCAGUCUUCUGAUUCCUUGAACUCCCCAACCCUUUUGGCCUUGUAACGAAGACUUCGGUUUCUGUCUUGAAUAUCAGGAGAUGUCUAGGGGGUAGACAGCCGGUGGCAGGAGCUUCCCAACUAUGGACAAAAAAAUAAAUUGUAAAAAAUGUAUUGCAACUGGAUUGGCCAUAGUUCAGAUGCUUCAGUGUAGCUUGGACAUUCUCGGGUUGCAGAUGAAGGCUGCAGAAGACCAGACGUUUCAUUCUUCACAAUUAUUAAACUCCCACGUGGGCCCAGGUGGGGUUACAUUAUUUCCAGCAGCUUGUUGACCCAAGCCAUUUCACUUACUCUUUACCGGUCGAAGAUUACUGUCUCUCUCCUUUUUUUUCUUUGUUCUUUUGUGUUCUGGGCACUUUAAGGGAAUAUCUAUUUUGAGGAUUUACUCUUCACUGGAUGAAGGUACAAAUGAUGUAUUUUAUUAUUAAUUUGUUAAAAUUAGGUCUAAGACUUUGCCAUGCUGUAAACAGACAAAAAAAAAGCCAUGAAA